AAAACCAAAAAAAAAACAUACGCCACCAUCCGUCUCUCGAUCCACCCGAUGCGGCCGCCCUAUCUCCCUCGUCUAGCGAUGCAACGCCGCCCCAAUCUCCCCGCUCCGCCGCCGCCGCCCCCCGCCUUCCACUAUCACCCGCUCAGCCACCUCCACCCUCCUCUACAUCGCCGGAGGAACGGGCACACCUGGCGCGCCGCCUCGAGGCCGCGCUCGAGCAGGUGAGGAGGGAGUCGGUGCGGCAGGGCGCGGCCCUGGACGAGCUGAGGCGGCGGGCGCGCGCGGACGAGCUCCUCGUCGCCAGGCGGAGGGCCACCGAGGGCGUCGAGCGCCGCAAGGAGCAGAUGCAGGCGCAGAUCAAGCGGGUGCUGCCGCUCUCCAGGGCCCUCGCCGCCGCGCACCGGCAAGUGCAGGUACCUGCCUGCCCGCCCGUUUCUUCCUCUCAACGCGAGACUGGAAUGCUUUGGCUAUUGUGGCUGCCUGCGUUUGGUCCAAUAGCAUCUGUCAAUAGCAAGGGGUCUGGAAGUGCAUGCCGCAGUAUAUACGGUGGAUUUGUGAAAUGGUGUAUGGGAAAAAAUGAUGAUGGAAGUGACAGUAUGGCAGUACAGCUUGUUGACGAAUCGCAUUGGGAUGAUCUUGUUAUAAUCAUAGCAGUGGUCAGUUCAAAGCAGAAGGAAACCAGUAGCACCAGUGGGAUGCGGGACACUAUUGAAACAAGCCCCCUCUUGCAGUACAGGGCCCAGGUGAAAUGUGGAGUAAGAGGAGACACCAGACCAAGAUGCAAUGAAUAUUUUGCUUCGUGGUGAUUGGGCAGAUGACUAUCAACACCAACUGCAGCAUCGUCCAUCUUGCGAGCAUACCACCAAGCUGCGCAGGGUUAAGGAGGAUUUCACCAAGAAAUAAAAACGGAGAAGAGGCCAUAAGUGCUACUACCAAUAGCCUCAAACAAGAAAAUGGAUACUUUCCGUGAUAUCUGUGCAAUAUUUCAAAAGUUUUAGCAAGUGUCUAAUCAUAUAACGUGAAUAACAAAUUACUAUUAGUAUGAGCAGUGUGCAUGGUUCAGAAAAGAGUAAACAAUGUGAGUUACUAUUCUAUACAGUGGAUAUCUUCUUUUUCCAGGCCUAAGCUUAAAGAACAAGUGAGGUAUUGUGACCAACACCCUGAGGAGAUUGACACACUUGUAGAAGUGAAGGCUCAGUUUUCAGAGGCGAAGAAAUGCCACAAAACUUCAAGAAGGUGCGUGUCUAUUGUACUUUCAGUCUGAUAGUGACUGAUUCCUAUGGGGUUAUUUCCGAAACUUUGUCCUGUUUGCUUAUUUCCGUACAAGUUGUAAUCUAACCUUGAACUGCUUAUCAAUAGCUGAGCUUCAGUUAAAACUACUACAAAAACGUAAGAAAACUCUUAAUAUUGUUGCUCGAUUUUGCAACUUCCAUCUCAGCUAAGCUCGUCAGACCCACUUAGAGUAUGUGAACUUCUCCUGUUUGUGCAUCGGUGAUUGGCAUCACCGACAACAGUUUUCUACUACAGAUCUUGAUCUAGCUGAAGCAGGGAGCAAUGCCUAGCUGUAGAUGUUGGCCCUUCUUUAUGAAGAUAAGUUUAGCCUUUAGGCAAAGCAAAAGUUAAAAAAUUAGUGCAAUUUCUCGAUUGUUUUAUUCUGCGUUCUUAUUCUGGUACAAUUUCAGAAAAUUAGUACCCAUUAUCUUUUAAAGGGGAGAUUCAUAACCAACCCAAAUUAGUGCCCCUUCAAAGUCACUUGGCUUUUUCUUCACGUGGAUGGCGGAGGCGGCGGCAAUUACUCGAGGCGGCUGGGGCACCUCGGGCUGGGGGCUUUGCGCUGAGUCCAGGGCAGCUCCCUGGCCGGGCGGUGGCAACCGACAACCCCAUGGCUGGUGGUGCUGGCGAUGGUGUGCAUGGUGGCGGCCGCGGAUCUGGAUCCCAUCCAGAUCCGUCGUUGAUUCUUCACGUGGAUGGUCGGUAGCGCGAUGAGGGCCCCGGUGAAGGGAUGGAGGGUCUCCGGCGGAGUUCCGGCGGCAACAUACGUCUUUAUGGCAAAGCUCCGCACGGUUCUAGCCAGCCGCGAGAUCGGGACGACACGGCUUCCGGUGAAAACCGCGUCUGACUGCGGUCUUGGCGGACGAUGGCGGUGUCUCUGAUGUCGUUUCCUUCUCAAGGCCUUGUCGUUGCAGGUCACGUGAACUCGAUCGGGAUGUUCUGGGGGAAACCCUAGAUCUGGGUCUACCGGAUCGGACAAUGACGGCGCCUUCGGUGUCGUUCUCCCUCCUGGGAGCAUUGCUUUGGAUCAAGUGUUGGCUAGAGGGGACAAGAGGGGGAACGGUGUUACAUCUACUGCAAGGCGCCACGGAGUUCCGACGACGGGCGCGUGUGGAUGGAUAUGUGCAGGAUGGUGGCGUUGUCUAACGCCGUGGUGGCAUUGACGAUAGGCCUGGCAAGGUGGAUGCGUCAGUACCUGCUCUGGAGAUGGAUCGACAUCGACAGAAGACGGCGGCGGCUGCAAGCUGAGAUCGUUAAUACGGAUGUUAAUUAUGUCGAGAUUGCUUGCAGGUCAGCGGCGUCAGGUCUGGAGAUGCGGAUGCCCCUACAUAGCGUGGCGCCAGUGGCACGUCGGGGAUCCUUCAUCACCCAAGGAACAAACGCAAUCGGCACUACUACAUUACUGCAGUCUGCACAUGCUGUGUUGAGGGGAUUGGAGGAAUUGGUAGCACGCCAUAAAAUUUUGCUUACCUUCUCUAAAAUCAUGCUUGUUUCAUUCAUUGCUUCACAUCACCAAGUUAUUGGUGCGAUUGAGGUAUGCAUCUUUUUUUAGAUAAUAGAAGGCAUGUAUCUGAACUUCUAAAGAAACACGCUAUGUGAGUUAACUAUGUACUAUAUUUGACGAAUCGUCGUGUAAGCUUUGUAGUUCAGAAAAAUAUCUUGUUUCUUACUCCCUCUGUCCCAAAAUUCUUGUCUUACAUUUGUCUAGAUACUGAUGUAUCUAAUACUAAAAUAUGACUUGAUACAUUCGUAUUUAACAAAUCUAAGACAUCAUGUGGUCAGCAGAAUGGAGAAGCAAAAGAGAACAUCUAUCAUUUAGUUCAGUAAUAUCAUAUUUUAGGCGUUGUCAUUUUAUGCGUGUUCAGAAAGUUCCCAUAUUAAAUUUAUCAUUUCAUAAAUAUACUAUGACUCUGAAGUUUGUUUAUUUUAUAUUAUUCUUGCCCUAAUUCCAUCACAUCAUUAACAAGCUCAUUGCUUCUAAGAAGUGCACCCAUGUAACAAGCUUCUAUAACUUGUAUUUUUUUGGUACAGUCCAAGCUUGUUUGCACUACUGGAUGCCGCUCCAUUUAACUCCAUGUGCUGUUUGAUUUUAUAGGGGUAGAGAGUUUGUGCGAAAGUGCAGGGGUGCCGGUGGUACAGGUUGAAUUGAACCCAUGGAAGAUUUCAACUCAUAAUCUUUGCUGUCAAUCGUACACAAAAGUUCCUAAUUUUUUUAACCUGUCUUGGAAGUAAAUUGCCAUUUCUUUUUUAGAUUGACUCAUGGUAAUACUAGCAUGUACACACAUGAAUGCACGUCUGAACAUUUUGAUGUGAUUUUGUAGAUAAGAAAUUACAAAGAUAUAAACGAACCAACCUUCUUUGUAAUUAUGUAUUUUACUCCUUAUAAUUGCCAGCAAGGACUAGCUAUUUAUCA